AUGCCCAAGCCUGAAAUCCCAAAACUACCAAAGCCAAAAGUUCCCGAGCUUCUGAAGCUAAAAGUCCCAACUAUGCCAAAGCCUGAAAUCUUGGAACUACCUAAACCAACUCUUCCUUCACUUUCUCCACCGUACAAACCUGCAAUUCUCAAUAUAUUCUUCAUUCAUGGCAACAUAAGUGGUGUGACUGCACGCCACCUCCUAGAGACGCCCAUUGCUGAGAUACCUAAACUAGAACUCCCAAAAGUUCCAGCCUUGCCAAAGCUUGAAAUCCCGACUGUUCCAAAACCCGAGGUACCAACUUUCCCCAAGCCUGAUCUACCAACUUUGCCAAAGCCUAAGAUGCCUGAGAUCCCAGCUAUGCCAAAACUAGAGUUAUCUCCCUUGAAAAAGUCAAAAAUCCCAGCAGUGCCAAACACUGAGGUUCCUUCUGCUAUGAAAAAGCCUGAAGUUCCUAAUGUGCCAAAGCAUGAGCUCCCAACUAUUCCAAAACCUGAAUUACCGACUUUGCAAAAGCUUAAGAUCCUCAUUGUUCCAAAACCCGAGCUUUCGACUAUGCCAAAACAUGAGAUUCCAGCAAUGCCAAAACCCGAGCUUCCUCCCCUGAAAAAGCCAGAAAUUCCAGCAGUGCCAAAGCCAGAAAUUCCAAAAAUGACUAAACCAACUUUUCCUUAA